UUCAGCUUGGUCAGUCCACUUUUAACUAUCGAAGAGCAGUGAACAUCGAGGAGAGGUCGUGGAGGAAUUUACCAUCUAGCCACCAUCGCCGUUCGCCAAUUACACCAUGGCUGAUACCGAAAAGGCGCCGCAGCCGCAGCCCCAACAGCAGCAGCAAUCGGAGCAGCAACCACAACCCCAGCCAGCUAAGGCGGCUAAACAAAAGCAGAUCAUUGCUGAAAAAGUUUCGGGCACUGUCAAAUGGUUCAACGUCAAGAGUGGAUAUGGUUUCAUCAACAGGAAUGACACUAAGGAGGAUGUCUUUGUACAUCAAACUGCGAUCGCCCGGAACAAUCCGCGGAAGGCUGUGCGAUCGGUCGGCGACGGCGAGGCUGUGGAGUUUGCCGUUGUGGCCGGCGAGAAAGGCUAUGAAGCAGCCGGAGUAACCGGCCCCGACGGCGAGCCGGUCAAAGGCUCGCCCUACGCAGCCGACAAGCGUCGCGGUUUUCCGCGCCAAUACUACCCUCGGCAAGGAGCCGGACGUGGCGGCGAGGGGGCUCCACGCAGAGGUGGCAUGGGACGGCGCGGGCCCCCGCCCACUCAAGGGGGCGCGCAGGGGGACGAGGGGCAAGAUGGCGCAGGGGCACCACCGCAGCGCUACUUCCGCCGUAACUUCCGUGGCGGAAGGCGCGGCGGUGGGCCGCGACCGCUGUACCGCGGCGGGUACCGGUACGUGCGCCCGCGCAGCAACCAACAAGGACAGCCCCCGCGGCAGAACGGCCAGGAAGGGGAGGCGCAGGGCUCGGCGGCCGCAGCCGCGGCGCCGGCGCCUGGCAAGGGCAAGGCGCACAGCAAGCCUGCGGUUCCGUGCAACGUUAUCGAGGUCACCACCAACGAGAGCCAGGCAUAGAGCGCCAGUGCGGCACGCCCCAGUAGUGCAUGUUUAUUCCAGCCGUGCCGCACACCAUCAACACUGUCGUCUAUCUAUUCAACUAACGAUUCGUGUGUUACGUUUCAUUAUGGCGAUCUAUGAUCAGAUCAUUGUACACCAUUUUAUGUCUAGACAUGUUAAUGGGGAUAACAAGAGUGGAACUGCAUAGUAUCAUGGAUCAGAGAUGUGAUAUUUUUAUUAUUUUAUAAUAAUGUGUUGUAUUUUACCAUAGGGCUGCUGAGCGGCGAGCGAUAGUAUCUAAUGAUAUUUUACUAUUUUAAUGAGUAUUAUAGGUCGCCGCGAGCACUUGCCUCAUUGAAAUUGCGUGUUUUGAUAUUUAAAAUGUUUUUGAAGGAUUAUUGGUAUACUUGUAAAGAAAAUUAUAAAAAUGUCCUCUAACUGAGAUGUUGUGCAAUUUUAAAUUAUAAAGUUUUACUUAUUUAUUGUAUAUGUGUCGAGAUAUGAUAUGCAGGUCCCGUGGCCCCAAAUAAUCUGAUAUUUUUAGGCAUGCGGAUUUAUUUUUAUCAACUUCUACAACUAUUAAAGCUAGAAGCACAAGGUUAAGGUAACGAUUUUAAAUAAUCAUUUUUCUGUUAUCUUAGUCUCGUGUAGGGCUAAAAUUAUGCAUAAUUUUCCGAAAUUUUAGUACCUAGUGUUUUUAACUUUUGACAAAUCCGGAAAUAAACUUCUUUUUACCUGUGUGAAA